AGAGAGAGAGAGAGAGUAAGUAGCCGAGUCAAGACUUCACUUGUCAGUAGUGACCUGCUCCCUCACACACGUUCCCCUCCUCUUUAGGUAAAAUGUCAAAGUUGGAUCAGGUCCUCGUUCUUGAGCCUCCCGCGGACCUCAAAUUUAAAGGUCCAUUCACAGAUGUCGUCACCACCAACCUCAAGCUGAAGAACCCGUCUGACAGAAGAGUGUGUUUCAAAGUCAAGACGACAGCGCCGCGUCGCUACUGCGUACGGCCCAACAGCGGCGUCAUCGAAGCAGGAGCUGCCGUCAAUAUCUCUGUUAUGCUACAGCCCUUUGACUAUGACCCCAACGAGAAGAGCAAACACAAAUUCAUGGUGCAGACCAUCUUCGCUCCAUCCAACGUCUCCGACAUGGACUCUUUGUGGAAAGACGCGAAACCCGAUGACCUCAUGGAUUCCAAGUUGAGAUGUGUCUUCGAGCUGCCUUCUGAAAACGAUAAGAUGAAUGACGUGGAGGUGAGUAAAGCUGCUCCGGUGAUGAACUCUGCCAAGGUUGACCCGCCCUCAGCAGCAACAGCAGCAGCACCCGCCACCCCAAUCAUGGCCACCGCCUCUGCCUCCUCAUUGGAUGACAGCGAGAUGAAGAAAUUGCUGGAGAAGUGCAAGCGGCUGCAGGCCGAGAUGAGCAAAAUGUCAGAGGAGAACCGGCACUUAAAGGACGACAGCGCUCGCUUUAGGAAGAUGGCACGCUCGGAUCAGGCGACCGCCAACUCGGCCGCCUCCCUGCCCUCCCUACUGGUGGUCAUUGCGGCCAUUUUCAUCGGCUUCUUCCUAGGGAAGUUCAUCUUGUAGACUCGUGAGUCGGCGGUGGCAUCUCCACCCCUCCGUCCCUCGAGCCAAGUGUUUGUGUGUUGAUGUCCGCCAUAUCACCGCUAGCGUGGGCCCCCAGACCAACACACGUGUACGCCAAAGGCGCCUUUUUUUUUUUUUUUUUCCCCCCUCUCAUAACCUUCUCACACGGUUAAAUGCGUGCAGGCGUCCAGAAAGCAAAGGUGACGACAAAGCAAUUUUGUAAAUUUUUAUUUUUUUUUAAUUUUUUUUUUUGAAGGUUGCAGGUCAUGUGACAGGAAGUGAUCUGUCAGUCCAAAUGGAAGUAAAUCAUAACUACCACUCUCUUCUUCUUGUCCUUCGUCUCUUUUUAAUCGGUGUGGACUCAAUUGUUUUAAUGAAAUUCUUUUUAAACAAAGACGAAGAACUUCCGUCACCUUCACUGGAUCACUUUUUCUUUCUCUUCUCGGAAUGUUAACGUCCAGUUGGGGAUUAAGGUGCCUCCUCCUCUUCCUUGUACAUUUUGUCUAUUCUUUGCCCACCAAUGCAGACUUUAUAUUAUUAUUGUUGUUAUUGUUAUUAAUAAUUAUACAAAUCUAUUCCUUUCUGAGGCAAACAUUGACUGAAAUGGGUCUCCAUUCUUAAUCCUGUCCCAUGAUAUUAAGCAAUGAAAAUAAAAUGGAAAAAAAACA